AUGUCCGACGUACCACCAACCCAGUCCAUUCCCAAACCAGAGGAACCUAAAGCACCACAACAGUCUCAUCAGCCUAUGCCUUACUUCCCCAACCCUUGGAUGUUCCAGCAAGCUCCACCCCAGCAAUUCCAAUCUCAAUCCAAAUCGAAGAGAGACCAAGAGUUCGAAGAAGGUCUGAACCGUUUACGCAAAGAGUAUGCUACAGCUCCAAUUGAGAGAAAGUUGUUCCCGGACCAAAAAAUAAAGUUUAGGGUAGAAGGUUAG